GGGGGCCCGCACCUGUCACACGGACCUCAGACGACCAAGAUGUCGGGGUUUGGCUUCCGAGACGUCCUCCUUGUCGCGCUCCUCGGCCUCGGAGUCACAGGCCAGGAAUGCUCGUGGAAUAAGGACACAGAUUUCCCGGAGUUUCCCCCCAUUAUGCUCGAUGCCUCGUUUGAGAUCGUCCGCCCCGCCAUGGAGGGGGACCUGAGGGUUGUGCGGGUAUCGGCAGGCGCUCAGCUGACCCUCGCUUGCCCUGGCAGUGAAAUCGCCAACCUUGGGUCAGUGGCAGUGGAUGUGACGUGUGGCGGCGGUGACCUCCUUGUGGUCGAUGGGACUGAAUGGCGCCUGCACGAGCUCGGCUGCACCAAAAAGGACAAGGAGUCGAUUCACAGGAACCUCGGCAGCUGCGGCGACGGAGGUGCUGGCGUCUUCGAGGGCAUCGGGUUCGAGAUCUACGGACCCGAGAGUUUCUACGAAUUGAUUCGCGUGUGCUUCGACCCCUCCGCCGAGACGACCCUGUACUCGGAGCACGUCGUCCGCGGAGCCAACAUAGCCGCGAAGGACAUCGACUCCUCAAGACCCUCCUUCAAGUCCUCCUCGGGAUUCUUCAGCGUCUCCAUGUCCACCUGCUACACCCAGAACUCGCAGAGCGCCUUGAUGAAGACCUUGCUGGGAGAUGAGGACCUCGCCAACACCAUCCUCAACCCCGGCGAACAGCUCUACUUCGCCAAGGGACACCUGGCUCCUGACGCCGACUUCGUGACGGAGGCGGAGCAGGACGCGACCUACUACUACAUCAACGCCGUCCCCCAGUGGCAGGUCUUCAACAACGGGAACUGGAAGUACCUCGAGUUCGCAACCCGUGACCUCGCCGAAGCCCAUGGCACUGACCUGACCAUCUACACCGGCGGUUGGGGUGUUUUGACCUUGGAUGACAUCAACGCCAACCCGGUCGAGAUCUACCUUGGGCUGACUGAGAACGAGAUGGUUGUCCCCGCACCAGCUGUCACUUGGAAGGUUGUCUACGAGGAGAGCAGUUCUCGAGCCGCGGCCGUCGUGGGCGUGAACAACCCACACAUCACUACCCCGCCCACUCCGCUGUGUUCGGAUCUGUGCAGUUCUCUCUCGUGGAUCGACUUCGACGUGAAUGACCUCGCCCACGGGUACACCUACUGCUGCACCGUCGAGGACCUGAGGGCGUCUGUACCCCACGUACCCGACCUCGGAAAUGUUGGCCUGUUGGAUAAGUAAAAUCUGGUGAAGCUCAUUCGCAAAAUACAACAACAACAUCAGUAAUGAAUGUCAACGUAAAAGUAAAAAUGAUGAAAUAGAGAAUAUUAUCAUACAUAGCUACAGUAUUUAUUUCUAUUUUUAUGAGUGGCUGUUUGUUUUUGUUGUUGUUUUAAUUGCCUCUUGUAAUUUAAUGAUAUAAAUUUGUUAACGAAGGGCCAGACUUCUAUAUAUAUUAUAUAAAAUUAUAAAAGAUUUUGAUGUAAUUGUUAUGGAAAUUAAAUUUGUUGAGAUCA